AUGUGGGAGGCUCCAGGUCCUACAGGCGGUCAGGCACAUGGGGGCAGCUGUGCGCAGAACCUGCUGGCUGGGAAGUUCCUCCAAAGAGCAGGUCCAAUCCGGGCCAUCACUGUGACCCAUGACCUUGGGCGCCAGGUUUCAGAGCUCCCCAGAGCCCUGUCCAUCCUGGCCAGAGCAAAGUUGUUUAAUAAGCCACCCCUUCCUUAUCCUGGGGACCCUAUAGCCCAGCUUCUGGAGGAGAAGAGUAGAGUCCCAGCCACCCCAGGAUGUACUUCCCCAGCUGUUAUGCAGCCCCCACCAGGCAUGCCACUGCUCCCUGAAGACAUUGGCCUCCCAUCUUAUGAUGCAUCAGUGCAGACUACAUGUUCCCACUGCCAUCAGGCCAUCACCACCAAGAUCUCCUAUGAGGUUAGCCUGCUAAACCUCAGGCUGGGUUUCUUCUGCUGCUUCAUGGGGUGUGAUCUGGGCUGCUGCUUGAUCCCCUGCCUCAUCCGUGAUUUCAAGGAUGUGAAACACAGGUGUCCUAGCUGCAAAAUCUACAUUGACACAUACAAGUGCUUGUGCUAA